GAAACCCUUCUUGCCGGAUCACUUCGGGGGCCGACCCAUUGGGAUCCAUCGCCGAUGGGCUGUGCUCAAGUACGAGAAGGGACAAUACCUCAACCCACACAUCGACGGGCACACGCCAGGCACUGUCCGAAUAGGAGAUGAGUUGCAGAAGGAGACGGGGACACGUUCUUACAUGUCUUGCCUUUUCUGGCUGAGCGACGAUGUGGAAGGAGGUGAGACCGUCUUCACAUAUCCGCAGGGCGGGACCUGGGUGGCGAUUCCACCGAAGACUGGUGCUGCACUCUUGUUUUACCAUGGGCAGAAUGCGGUCAACAACCCCAUGCAUUAUGGCGGCGAUGUGAAGUCCGGCAUCAAGUACUUGGUUCGCUCAGACAUCAUUUACCAGACCUGA